AACAGCGCCGGGCGCCGGACGUGUCAACGAGUUCGCGAAAAGUUCAUUGAUCAUCGACGACACUUGUUAUGCAAAUAACUAAAAAUUAAAUAUUAAUACAGACAUAUCAGUGCGAUAAAAUAAGUUCCGAUGACUGUCAAUGGAGUUGGUGAUGGAAGCUUGGAACUACGGUUCUCCUCCACGCUUGGCCUAUGAAAAUUCGUGACGAAUAAAACGCGACUCUAAACAGGAAUCUACGUAGAAUAUUAAGUGAAAGAAGAUUCGACAGGUGCAUCAAUUUUCACGGAAUUAAAAAUUCAGUAUCGGAGUCGUGAGACAAGCAUGGACACAUACGAAGACAUCGACUUCAGUAAGCCAAUCAGUCUGAACAUUCAGGAUCACGCCCGGAAGAUAAAGGCUAGCCAGUGCGACAAUGGGACAAUUUCAUCAAGUGGCUGGUGCCCGGAAUUUUGGGACGAGAUAUUGUGCUGGCCAUCAACCGCACCUGGGGAUCUGGCCAUCCUGCCUUGUCCACCUUACAUCGCCGGAUUCAAUGUUCAAGCGAACGCGUCGAGGCAGUGCAUGAGUGGCGAAUGGUGGAAUAACGACACGAACAGAGCUUGGAGUAACUACAGCCAGUGUUACACGCACGAGCUGGUCACUCUGUUAAUGGAUGUGCCCGGCGGCCAGAACAACGACACUCUCAUUAAGGUAAACGUCGAUGAAAAUGAGCGAGUCUCAAAUAUUUUUUACUUGAUUUAUAUCGGUGUCUAACAUUUGAAAUCCCGGAUGAUUACUUCAAGUUUAUCCCGAAUUGGGCGCAGGAAAUUGAGGUGCCCGCGAAACAUGCUGCACAUGCAUCUGUUCGCCUCGUUCAUCCUACGAGCCUUCAUGGCUCUGAUGAAAGACGUCCUGUUCGUCUCCGGGAUCGCGCUGGCCACGGACGUCACCAUUAAGAAUGGCAAGACCUACUGGUUGGUCGACGAGAGGGAGAGCAGCUGGCUAUGCAAAGUGUUCACCAGCUUCUGGCAGUACUUCAUCCUCGCGAACUACUUCUGGAUAUUAAUGGAAGGCCUCUACUUGCACAAUCUGGUCUUCCUCGCUCUCUUCACAGACGUUAACUCGAGCAUCAUCGGCUACGUCUGCCUCGGAUGGNNNNAUCCAUCGAACGUUUGCUCUUCGAAAAUAAAUAUUGGAAAACUCCUGUACCAUUCUUCAAUGCAUACACGUUUUUCAUUGGCACGUAUGUAUGCGUUUUAUUCACAGAUCAGCUUCGUGUUGUUCGUAAACAUAGUGAGGGUGCUCUUGCUGAAGCUGAAGUCAACAGUUUCCGAGGAGACCCAGAGAUACAAGAGGUGGGCGAAGAGCACUUUGGUCUUGGUUCCGCUGUUCGGGGUGCACUACGCUCUGCUCUUGAGCAUCUCCUAUAGUAUUGGUAUAAACGAGAACGUCGAAGUCGUCUGGCUCUUUGGCGAUCAACUAUUCGCUUCGUUUCAGGGUUUCUUCGUGGCGGUAUUGUACUGUUUCCUAAACGGAGAGGUCCGCUCGGAAGUGUCGAAGGUGAUCAGGAGCCAGAAACUGCCACGGUUCCGCAUCAGGUGGAACUCUAAACAGACGAACCUCAGUAGUACUUGCAGCUGCAACGCGGCGAAGCUCGACCGUCGGGACUCGAAGCGGCCAAGAUGGUGGAAGAAUCCCUGGCCACACUUCGUUCACGAUAGGGCUGCUCGACGAUCUACUCACUCGAUGGCGAGUACACAAGAUAUAGGUACGAGAGGAGGCAGUCUAGCGAGCAGCAAAGGCUAUGUGGAAAUUGCAGGGAACGUGCAGAGUGCACAUCCGGGAAAUCAAAGUCAACAGGCGAAUCACACGUCACCCCUCUACAGCAAAUAUACGGAUCAAUCGCUACUUUCCUUCUGUUCGAACGUCUCCGAGGCUCCCUUCACAGGCCCGAACCCCGAAAGAGUGGUGAAUCACCGUUGGAGCGACUCGGAAUGCUGCAACCUGGCGUACGAACUACAAAGUCUGCACCGGGGCCCUCCAUGAACCUCGUGUUAUCCAAUCUAAGUCAGUUUAUACAUAAAACCGUCUCCACCGAAGGCAAACAGACAUGCAUUCGAGCAUUGCCCAAAAGUCCUCGUAAGUCCAACUAUUUUCAUAUUUCAUAUAUACUUAAAUAAUAAAAUAAAGCUUUUUACUGUCACGUUACGUGUUAAAUAGUGUUUUUAACGAGAAUCUGCAGUUUUGCUCAGGGAUUACUGCAAUUUUGCUUGAUAGAAUAAAUUGUAUAAGUAAUUGACGACCGGCGCAAUGGCGCUGACACGGAGGUUUAUUAAAUUAUCCUAAUGACUGUCUCAUCUCACUUAAUAUCUCUAGCUAUGAAACACAAAAACGAUCUCUGCCAGACUUUUGGGCAGUCGUUUCCAGUUUUAUUAUUUAUGGUAAUUCCGGGAGGGACGGACCAGGUUUUUUGAAACGUCUCAAAAUAUUUUAGAAAUAUUAAAUACUUAAUCGAUUUGUGUAAGGAA